AUGUUUUCCGAAUCCUUCAACGUCAAGGAACUACUAGGCCUGCAUCCAUCCUCGUCUCAGCUCCAAAGUCAUAUAUCCUCUCUCGUGGUGCAGACUCCUGCAUCUGAUGUAACCAUUCCUGAGGUUAAAUCAUAUCCUGACGCGGUCUACUUCAACUAUUAUUCUCUUGGACUCAGUCUGCUCUUCAAGCCAAUCAAUGGCUACAAAACAAAGACGGGUUUGAAAGUGGAAGAUCUUAAGAAUGAUGAUUUGGUGGUGGAUGGAGUUGAUAUAUACAAUCUGCCUAAGCCCAAUACAGGUUCGGCGUCGGGGACAAGCAAAUUGAAGUCCACAUAUUCAACAUUCCCUCUGUCUGUCAUCCUCUCCCUGUCUCAGUCGUCUUCCGAAGGCUCAGAAUUACGUCCCUCGCACAUUGAGGUCAAGCUGACUACUACGGGAAAAGAGUUUGUGGAGUGCAUGGGCGAACCUGAGCGGAAAGGUGGGGGUGCCGGACCCUCGUCGGGAUCGAUUGGAAUUUGGUGCGAGUGGUCGAAAGACGGAGUGAUGGUGGAGUUUGGUGGCGAUGAGAGUAGGGGACCACAGGCAUGGGAGCGAGGGAAGGACGCAGUUUGGAAGGUUAUCACCGUAUUCCAGCCUAACGACGAAUGA